AUGCAUUUACAUCAUCUGUCGGUCUUGGCGGCCUUGGCUAGUUGCUCCAUUCCGGCUGCUGCCCAUGUGCCACACCAGCCGAGAGAUCAAGGGACUUGCAAGAAGACGACUGUUGCUAUUCUGGGAGGUGGAGUUGCAGGCAUUACAGCAGCUCAAGCUCUCUCUAAUGCCUCGGUUCAUGACUUUGCUAUCCUGGAGUACCGGGACACAAUCGGAGGCCGAGCUUGGCACAAAACUUUUGGCAAGGAUCCGAAGACCGGAAAACCUUACACCAUUGAGAUGGGCGCAAAUUGGGUGCAAGGUCUUGGAAACCCCGGGGGCCCCCAAAAUCCUAUAUGGACUCUGGCUCAAAAAUAUAACCUGAAGACCCAUUACUCUGACUAUGAUAAUGUUUCGACGUAUAACGAGAACGGUUACUCUGAUUAUAGUCAUUUGUUGUCUGAAUAUGACAAUGCCUAUGAUAUUGCCAAUAUGAAGGCUGGUGAGAUUCUGAGUAAGAAUCUUCAGGAUCAGACGGCUCAGUCUGGCCUGGCUCUGGCUGGUUGGAGCCCGGGCAAGCAUGAUAUGGAGGCCCAGGCAGUUGACUGGUGGAAAUGGGACUUCGAGGAUAACUUCAGCCCCCUGGAGAGCUCUCUGGUCUUCGGCUGCGCUGGCGACAAUUUGACUGGGAACGUCUUCAGCGACCACGACAACUUCGUGACUGACCAGCGCGGAUUCAACACCAUAUUCAAAGCAGAGGCUGCCACAUUCCUCAAGCAGGAUGACCCAAGACUGCAUCUCAACACACAGAUCACGAAAAUAUCAUACUCCGACGAUGGAGUCACAAUACACAACAAGGAUGGCAGCUGCAUCACCGCAGCAUAUGCUAUCUGUACAUUCUCUCUAGGCGUCCUACAAAGCGAUGAAGUCAAAUUCACGCCUUCAUUCCCAGAAUGGAAACAAACUGCCAUCCAGAAAUUCACAAUGGGCACUUACACCAAGAUCUUCAUGCAGUUCAAUGAAACCUUCUGGCCAACAAACACCCAAUAUUUCCUAUACGCCGACCCAAGCCUCCGAGGCUGGUACCCAGUCUUCCAAUCCCUGUCAAUGCCACAAUUCCUCCCAGACUCCAACAUCCUCUUCGUGACGGUAACAAAUGAGUUCUCCUGGCGUGCAGAGCGCCAAUCAGACGAGCAAACUAAGCAAGAAAUAAUGGACGUCCUACGGAAGAUGUUCCCAGAAAAGACAAUCCCCGACCCAACAGCCUUCCUCUACCCGCGCUGGAGCACAGAGCCCUGGGCCCACGGUAGCUACUCCAAUUGGCCCCCAGCAACGACGCUAGAGAUGCACGAGAACCUGCGCGCCAAUACGGGCCGGCUCUGGUUUGCGGGGGAGGCGACUAGUCCCACCUACUUUGGUUUCUUGCAUGGAGCAUGGUUUGAGGGCCGGGAUGCGGGCCGACAGAUUGCGGGGAUCUUAGAUGGGUGUCAUGCUAACUCGACUAAGUCGGAGUGUGGGGAUAGGAGGCAUUAUGAGGUUUUGCAUGGGACUUCGCCUUUUGCUGAUUACUCGGCUGUCAAUGGGUGGACUGCGGAUAGCUUUUAUGAUAGUAAUUCGGACUAG